AUGCCUGGGAAAACCACAUCCCCCGUCAUGCCGCGCAUCACCAAAUUCACCAACUGUCGGCUUGUACGCGGGUCAAGUCUGGUGGAGCAAGAUCUCUGGAUUGAUUCCUUGACCGGCAAGAUUCUCAAGGAUCAAGAAGCCUUUUACGAGUUACACUUGUCCCCCGAUGAGAUCAUUGACUUGGGAGGUCGAAUUCUCGCGCCUGGUCUAAUCGACACUCAGUUGAACGGCGCUCAAGGCUUUGACUUUUCGGUGCCCUGCGACACCAAGGAACAAUAUGAUGAGGGUCUUCGUCUGGUGAAUCAAGGUCUCGCUCGUACUGGUGUGACCUCUUACUUGCCUACGGUUGUGAGCUCCACUCCUGAGGUAUACUGGAAGGUCCUCCCCUCUCUCGGCCCUACAGCCUCAACACAUCGCCCCGAGGACGGCGCCGAAUCCCUAGGUGCCCACGUUGAAGGACCCUUCAUUAGCCCCGGUCGAAACGGCAUCCACAAGACAGAAGUGCUCCGCGCCGCCGAGACAUACAACGAUCUCCUCCACUGCUACGGCGCCGACAAUCUCGCCCCGCCCCCAAGCACCCCGCCACACACCACCCGCUCCCCGAUCACCAUGAUCACCGCCGCCCCCGAGGUUGGCGAGAUGAUGUCGCAGAUCCCCGAGAUUGUCAAAUCGGGCAUCAUCUACUCCAUCGGCCACUCAGAUGCCACCUACGAACAAGCCGUCACGGCUACCAACCAGGGCGCUCGCAUGAUCACCCAUCUCUUCAACGCCAUGAGACCCUUCUACCACCGUAACCCAGGUGUCUUCGGUCUGUUGGGCCGAAGCGAGCACCGCCGGCCCUUUUACGGUGUCAUCGCAGACGGGAUCCACCUGCAUCCGACCUCCAUCAAGAUCGCCUACAAUGCCCACCCAAACGGGCUGGUCCUCGUCACCGACGCGAUGCGUCUGUGCGGCUUACCCGACGGCGUGUACGAAUGGACCAACGGCGAACGCAUCGUCAAGACAGGUGCGCGCUUGACCCUGGAAGGAUCGGACAAGAUUGCCGGAUCGUCCGCCACGCUCAUCGAGUGUGUGAACAAUUUCCGCCGCUGGUCGGGCGCCAGCACCGCCGACGCGAUUAAUGCCGCGACGGCGGUGCCGGCGCGAUUGUUGGGGCUGGACAAGGUCAAGGGGUGUUUGGAUGCCGGGGCGGAUGCGGAUCUGGUGGUGCUGGGGGAAACGGAUGAUCCGGACUCGGGGCGGACGUUGACGGUGGAUCAGGUGUGGAAGUUUGGUGUGAAGAUUCAUGAUGCGGAGAAGGUUGGUGUUUAG